GCACUAAGAAAAAUCGAAAUCUCGAAAAAAAUGUCCAGCUAUCCACUCAUCUUUUGUACAGUUAGUGGCAUUGUCAUUCGACUUGCUUUAUUCCGGACCUCUCUCCCUAAUUGGAUUUCAUUGCAACCAGAGGUUUCCACACCAUUAACAUCAUGGGAGCGAGCAAUGGAAGGUAUUGCUUUAAAGGAGCAUAUGAUAUCACCGUAUGCUGGCGAUUUAUUUCAUGAGACUCCUCUGGUUCUAAGAAUAUUGGGUUUUAUGACUGCAUUUUCUGACAACACAAUCUUACUGAUGUUUGUUGGACUUGAUGCUUUAUGUUUAAUUUUGAUGGUGAAAAUAGCUAAUCUGUAUGGUGGAUAUCUGCUGAAGAAGCAAGCAAAAGAAGUAAAAAGAUAUGCUACAGAUAGUGACAAAUUGAUAAUCAAAACAGAAGACUUGAGGAUAAUACAAUUUUAUGUAAUUGUAGCAUUUUCAUUGAAUCCAUACAGUAUAGCUGCUUGUUUAGCCAAAUCAACAGCCAUUUUCAAUAAUCUGUCAAUCUUAUUCGUCUUCUAUUUCAUGCUUAAAGAAAAUGAAUAUCUCUGUUAUCUGUUUAUUGCCAUGUCAGCUUACUUGUCAAUUUAUCCAAUCACACUCUGUGUACCAGCAGCCAUUUUCUUCAUGCAGAGUUCUAAGUUCAGAAAGCAUAGGAUAUCAGACACUGAAAUGUCAUACACAGACAGCACAGCCAUAUUCAGUUACUGCAGAACAGUGGGUUUAUGUGUUGUCAUGGUAGCAGCUCUUAUAGGUAUCUCAGCAUUUCUUGAAGGAUCAUGGAGUUUUAUUUCAUCAACAUAUGGCUUUAUUCUAAUGGUUCCAGAUUUGACGCCUAACAUGGGAGUUUUCUGGUAUUUUUUCACAGAGAUGUUUGAACAUUUCCGAAUGUUCUUUAUAUGUGUGUUCCAGAUAAAUGUAGUCAUAUAUACUGUUCCAUUAUCAGUAAAACUUAAAGAGCAUCCUGUGUUUUUAAUGUAUAUACUAGUCAGUUUGAUUUGCAUAUUUAAAUCGUACCCGAGUUAUAGUGAUGUAGGACUCAUGUUAUCAUUGUUACCAUUGUGGAGAUACGCUUUUGAAUAUAUGAGAAAUUCAUUUGUAGUAGCCUGUAUGUAUAUUUGUACGACAGUGUUUGGUCCUAUACUGUACCAUUUAUGGAUCUAUGCAGGGAGUGCUAAUGCCAACUUCUAUUUUGCAACAUCUCUAGCAUUUUCUACAGCUCAGAUCUUUUUGAUAACAGACCUGCUGUAUGCAUAUUUACGAAGAGAGUUUGAUUUAGAAAAUGGAUUUAAACAUCUUAUUGGAGAAGAUGGAACAAAGAAACAAGUUAUACUUGACUGAAGAGUUUGUGAAGAUUGUUAUUGAGAAACAAGUUAUACUUGACUGAAGACUGUGUAAAGAUAACUAUAUAUACCCACCAAUGACAGUAUAAUGUGAUUAUUUAUGAAGACAAUGAAUAUUUCAGCCAUUGUCUUGCAUUUUUAGCAUGAAAUGUUCAUAAUACUUGCUAACAAGUUGGAAAUUUGGUAAUAGUUCUUUUGAGAUGGUUGCUGGAGCAUUUUGAUUUGUUACUUUAUUAAUUAAUUGAGUUUAGCUAUAGUCGGGAAAGACAAUUGAUAAAAAAUUGGAGAAAAUGGCACACAAUGGGAAAGAUGCAUAAAGGCGAUAUAAAGUAUGGUAAUAAGAAAAUUAGAAAAUAUGAUAUUUUAUUCAUUUACACCUAAAGUUUGCUGAGUAGCUUCCUUUACUGAAGUUAUUAUCUUAACCUUUCAUAUGUUUAAAUUUUAACAAAUAUCAAAUAUCUAGGGACUGAAAAAACCAUCUGACUUACAAAUGAACCAACUUGUACUUGAUUUUAUAUAUGUCAAGACUUUUUUUUAUGUAUUUUUUGCUUUGAGAUCUGAUUUUCUAAAGAACAAAGUCUGUAUUAUUUCAUCAUUUUAUAUGAAAGAGAUUUUUUGUUGAUUUUGAGACUCAUUGUCUGAGCUUGAAAUUGUUUUGGCAAAGAAUAAAAUAUGCAUAAUAUAA